AUGGCUUUGCUAUUUCGCCAAAUUUGGGCGCUCAUGCGCAAAAAUCUCCUGCUCGUCUGCUUGAGACGACCAAUCACUACUUUCAUCCGUGCACUCGCUAUCCCGCUUGUUGUCAUUCUUGUUAUCGCUUUCAGCAAGACGUGGUUUUCUUCUGGGGGGCAUUGGGGUGUGUCUUCGGCUCGCCAGCUACCCUCCCUUGAGGAAGGACUACGAGCCAGUCCUGGCCACGGCAUUGUAGGCUUCGUCGACAACGCUAUGAAAGGAGGAGAAGUCUCAGCUGUCAUCGAUACACUCUCACGACGGAUCAGCGCUGCUGGGAAAACGCCAGAGCUAUACGACGAUACCAGAAGCCUUGCUGUAGUUUGCCGAACCGACAACGAAGGCAACUCACCAUGCUACAGCGCCAUUGUAUUCUUCUCCAGUCCAACCGAGGGAACCAACGAGUCGUCAGCCGGAUACUGGAACUACACAAUCCAAGGGUUGACCACGCCGUAUGGUCCCAUGGACAUUACGAGCACCAGCAACGCCAUCGAAGUAGCCACAUCGCCUUUGCAGCGCGCCCUUGAGCUUGAGAUUAUCGAACGGUCACAAUCAGACAACACAUCGCAGAUUCCUUCCGAACUGAAUGUCAUCGCGUUCACUCGUCAGGACCAGGGAGCACUAGAAGCCGAUCGGACUGCAUCGUACCUAAACCUUGUUACAUGGGCCUUUCCACCCAUCUUCACUCUUACACUCAUUGGUGUGGUCGAUCAUCUAACUUCAUUUGUUGCUCGCGAGCGCGAAAUUGGAAUGUCUAGUUUGAUCGACACCAUGAUAAUGGGAGGGUCCAAGUUCCGGGGCAUAGCCGUUCGACAAAUCGCGGCUUACGCAUCGUUCGCGCUGGUCUACUUUCCCGGCUGGCUGGCAGUGGCCAUCGUCAUCUCCGCCGCCAUCUUGCCCGUCACUUCUAACUAUCUACCCGUGGGAUUCGUUCUACUUUAUGGGCUCGCAGUGACUGGAUUCUCUCUCUUCGGGGCCUCUUUCUUCAAGAAAGCCCAGUUGAGUGGCCCCAUCAUGGUGGUCGUCACACUAGUCGCCGCCAUCCUUCCAGCAGUGCUUUUCAACCAGACGAGUACUGUUUGCGCCAUACUGAGCGUCUUGUUCCCUUCAGCAAACUUGACGUACUUCAUUACUGGCAUGGCAACAUUCGAAGCAGCCGGCAAACCGGUCAGCAUGAUGCAUCGGGCCGAUGAGGCGAGCGACGCAGGCGAUCCGACCGUCAGGGUCUCAGACUUCUGCAAAACAUACAAGCCUGGCUUCUUUGCUCGACUGUUUCGACGUCGUAAGAAUGUCGAUGCGGUCAAAGGUGUCGAUUUCAACGCAUAUCCAGGACAAAUCUUUUGCUUGCUUGGACCUAAUGGAAGUGGCAAGUCGACGACCUUGAACUGCAUCACGGGCGAACAGAGGGUCACGUCUGGAAACAUCAUUAUCGAUCCAACAGGCGGACUGGGUUACGCUCCACAGAGCAAUGUCAUCUGGCCUGAAUUGACGGUUCAAGAACAUAUCCGCAUCUUCAGCGACCUGAAAUGCCUAUCAGCAGCGAACCACGAGGUCGUCAACGAUCUCGCUAAAGGUGUCGAUCUUCUCAAGAAGCUUUCAGCUAGAGCUAAGACACUCUCUGGUGGCCAGAAGCGGAAGCUCCAGAUGGCAAUGAUGUUCGCGGGUGGAAGUGCAGUCUGCUGUGUGGAUGAAGUCUCCACAGGCCUCGAUCCAAUUUCCCGGCGAAGAAUCUGGGAGAUCUUACUCACUGAGCGGCGAAAUCGCACCAUCAUCAUGACGACUCACUUCCUCGACGAGGUCGAUUACCUUGCCGAUGAUAUUGCUAUCAUGUAUCAAGGUACUCUUCGAGCUGCAGGUACUUCGGCGUCCUUGAAACACGGCUUUGGUGAUGGCUAUACUGUCAAACUACCUUACAAGACAGAGGUCCAUAUCAGCAUCUCUGGGCAACUACGAACGGAACAAUCGCGGCACAUGACCACAUACCAUGUCGCCACAGCCGCUCAGGCUGCAGAGGUUGCGGCCGAACUUGACAAUUACAAUCUCGGUGGCUACCAGCUUUCCGGACCCACCAUGGAGGAGCUCUUCAUCAAAAUCACCGGUGAUGCGAUCCAACCUUUGGAGGAGAAGACCGAAGAAGAUGAUACUGUGAAAUUGAAGACUGAGAACAUCAUUGUUGACGCGACCGAAUUGGACUAUGAACUGUCCGAAGGACAGCCCGUUUCUCUUGUCAAGCAGUGGUGGAUUCUGUUGCUCAAGAGAGUGAAGAUCCUCAAACGUCGAUGGCUACCUUACUUUGUCGCCGUUGCCUUCGCUCUUGUUGGUGCAGGGAUUGCGCCUCUACUGAUCAAGAAGUUCGAUGCUCCGCUAGGGUGCCCAGUGCAAGCAGACCUCGUUGACGAUAACGCAUAUCGAAACGACAUUGGUGUUUUCUAUGCAGAGAGUAAUGCCUAUCAUUCGGGCACGGACGAGCUUCGAAAGUCAUACGUUGCUGGGCCUUCCGAUCGACUCAACUCAACGAGGGUUGGUUUGAUGGCAGACGUUUACUCCACCAGCCACACUUUGAGUUACUCUGACACCUAUCAAUCCGGGUACACGAAUUCUUCACAGCUUGAGAACCAGCUAUUAAUCGUCGAUACGUACGAAGAAUUCGCGCGAGCAGUUCAGAACGACUGGAAAGAACUAGUUGCCCAUCCCAGAUACAUCUCCGAUGGUGGCUUUCCCACCACAGAACUCAGAGGCGGAAUCUGGAUGGGCGAUAGCUCAACCAACCCCACUAUCAUGGGCGACAUCAGCGGAGGCGCCGCCAUGCAACAGAUGCUGAACUUCUACAACGUCAUGGCUGGUGGUGUUGGUAUCUCGAGUUCUUACAACGAGUUCGCCAGUACUGUCAUUCCAAGUCUCAUGGCUUCUGAUGCUACGAUGUUCAUCAUUUAUUAUGGACUGAUCAUGGCCUGCUAUCCAGUGUUCUUCGUCUUAUACCCGACGGAUGAGCGCCUGUCAAAUGUCCGCUCGAUGCAAUACUCCAACGGGAUCCGUCCAGUGCCACUUUGGCUUUCCCAUCUGGCUUUCGAUGGUACCUUCGUCGUCACAAUCAGUGCUGUUGCUACAGGUCUUCUUUCCAUGUCGACCCCAGUCUGGCAUGGACUCGGCCUGGUCUUCGUCAUCUUCCUUCUGUAUGGCAUUGCGUGCGCGCCACUCAGCUACAUCUUCUCCAUGUUUACAAAGAAGCCAGUCACGGCUUGGUUCUUGAUGGCCUUGAUGCAGGUCGUUGUCUAUUUUGCCUACUUCGCUGGCGUAAUGGAGAUCCAGGCAACUACACCAUACGCAAAGCUGGAAUCCACGAUGAACGCCCUGUACUUUGGUCUCGCCAUCGUAUCGCCAGUAGUCAGCUUGGAACGGACGCUGUUCAUCGGUCUUCAGCAGCUUGGGUUGAAGUGCAACGGCCACAGCGACGGAUCCCUCUAUCUGUACGGGGGGCCCAUCUUGUUCUUGGUUGUGCAGAUCGCUCUCUUGUUUGCGCUUCUCAUUUGGUGGGAUAGUGGCUUCGCUUUGCCUUCGUUGCGCCGCGAGAAUCUGGUCAGCGAUACAGAGGCGACAGACAUGUACACGGCUGAUCUUCUUACCGAACGAAGACGGCUGGCAUCACCUGGCAUUGACCUCCGGGUUGAGUCUGUGACUAGGUCUUUCGGCAAGAACCUCGCAGUCGACGAUGUCACGUUCGGCGUCAAGACAUCGGAGAUCUUUGCUCUACUUGGACCCAACGGUGCUGGCAAAUCGACCAUCAUCUCGAUGAUUCGUGGCGACAUCAAACCCUCAACACCAGGAUCCGUAAUCGACAUCGCCGGCAACCCAAUCCUGACUAGUCCCCUUGCAGCGCGCUCUAGUCUUGGUGUGUGCCCGCAGUUUGACUCUGCCGACGUCCUCACUGUCCGCGAGACGCUGCGCUUCUUUGCCAAGAUAAGAGGAGUCAAGGACGUCGAAUAUAACGUGUCGACCGUGAUUGCAGCCUGCGGUCUCAGUGACUGGACUGACCAGUUGGCGCAGAAGCUCUCCGGUGGCACCAAGCGCAAACUAUCUCUGGCUGUCGCACUAGUCGGAAACCCGCGCGUCCUGGUCCUCGACGAACCUUCUUCAGCGCUCGACGCAAAUGCAAAGCGCGUCAUGUGGCGCUGCCUGCAAACCAUUGCAAAGCGACGCGCUGUUGUACUCACGACGCACUCGAUGGAGGAGGCCGACGCUCUGGCCGACCGCAUCGGCAUCGUCUCGUCGCGCAUGCUCGCUCUUGGCGACCGCGAAGACCUGAAGCAGCGUGCAGGCAGCGAAUACCACAUUCAUCUCGUGUCGCGCUCAGCACCUUGCACCACACCGCAGGAACUGCAGAAGAUGAAGGAAUGGAUUGCUGCCACCUUUCCCUUGGCGAACGUCAGUCGCGAGACGCAGGGCGGUCAGGUCAGAUUUGAGAUUCCGGCUGAUGGUAAUGAGUUUGCGGGCUUGAUCAGGACGUUGGAAGCGGCGAAGGACGAGCUGAAUGUGGAGUUUUAUAGCGUGGGUAAGGCAACUCUGGAUGAGGUCUUUGAGAAGAUUGUUAAGCGGUACGGGGAUGUAGCAGAAACUUAG